GUUCAAGUGCGCGUUGCGGCACACGAGGCCACGUAGUAUCUGGCUUCGUACGAUUGGCUGCCUGCAGGCAAGACAUGACUCGCGUACACACCAGGAGAUCCGUGCGUCUUCGUUUCACUGGUUGUGCGGUACAGGAAACCGAAGCCUUGCCAGCCUUGUACUUAAACCACCAGAGUAGAGAGCUGCCCAUCCAACGAGCAGGUAAGGGUGAACUGAAUCAUGCCGCAGAUUCUGCAAUGGCCACAGAAGUCCUGCCACGUCGGCAGCUUGGGAUCCCGAGUGAGGCGGAAGUGAGGGUAUGGGGCCUUGAGGCAUUAUCCCAUACGGAAAAGCAACAGGACUUAAAUUGACCUUAUGUGUCGAUGUGUUGAGGCAGGAGUGUCUACGGCCUCAGUUCGUUGACAGAACAGACUGGUGCGGAACUUUAGGUGUUAUCUAUGGGCUGCUUUCGCCUUCUCUUUGGAACUUGUUAACCAACAUGCCUCCUCAAACCCUGACCUCACCACCUAUACCCUCCCCUAACGCCCUUGACCAGCAUGUCCUGAGAACGAUUUUUACUCAGCUCAAGACAGUGACCUCAACUACAGGAUUCAAUGCCAUUUUAGAGACUUACGAUGAAAACAACAAGUUAUUGGACCAGCUGAAGUCCAAGGGCCAUGAGCUUGCAAGCCUCAGAGAAGAGAUGGACGAGGAAAGAAAGAGGAAAGACAUAGCGCUGGACGAAAUGUUUCAGGCUAAUGAAAAAGAGAAGGGCAGACACAAAGAAACAAAAAAGCAUGCGCAGACACUACAGACGAUGAUUAAUGACAAGGACACGUGCAUUUCCGAGCGGGAUAAGGUGAUAGAUGAGUUUGGCAAGCAGGUGAAGAAGCUCCAAUCCGAUAUUGCAAUGGAGAGGGACAAGUUAGCGGUAGCUCGAAAGGAAAUCAGUGGUUUGCAGCAAAGUAUCCAAGAAAAAGAAGCCACCAUUGACAAGAUGAAAGCGGCGGGGACAGAGUUGAAAGACAGACUGAAUUCCACCAAGAAAACGGUCAAGGAACUGCAAGAUGAGCGUACUUCCCUCAGGGAAUCGCUGACAAAAACGGAAGGAAACCUCAAAAGAUUGGAAGGUUAUGCUGCUGGAUAUAGUGAGAUGACUGAAGACUCAGUGAUUGAGAGCUUUACCGGACUUUGGGAAUAUGCUAAAAUGGAAAUAUUUGCCAUGUUAAAGAACGACCUUCCUAGAGACACACUUCGGAAUGUUUCAGCAUGGGAGAAACUUCGGCAAUGUGAUUUGGCACAAGACAGCCAGGUCCCUAUUCCAUGUUCCAACACGCCAGCAGCGAAGCAAAUGAGGUUUGCUAUCAUCUUGGCUAUUCUGGCUAGAGAAAUUAAUACACAUAUCCUCCUACCAGUAUACAUCGCCGCCGGAGAUAACAAAUAUAACCAAUUUCGAAAGGUCCUCGCUAACCAGGCAGCUAUUGAUAGCGAGAAAGAGUCAUUUUGCCGGUCGGUUCUUCUGUCGAUAGAUCCAGGAACUCAGGAAGGGAUAUGUUUGGUGGGUAUCCAAGCUGUGGUGAAGAAUGUGUCAGAAUACCUGGAUGAGUUACUCCCGGAAGAUCAACGCCUCGCUUUCCAUAACACUCUGAGAAAAGUUGUACGGAAGGCAGCGGAUAUCUGGAAACCGAUCCAGCACAGUAAACGCAGAUAUGAGCCCGACUUUGACCCGCCGACCGCCGAGGAUGAUUGUGAGGCCUUCAAGUUUCCCAUUACCGAAAACGUCACAACGGAGAAUAACGCCAAUCAAAAGAACAUGAAAAAAGUUUCUUUGACUGUGUUCCCCCGACUGUCGAUUAUAGAACACGGCAUUAGCACUGCAUACACUGCUAUUAUACAAGUAAGCAGUUCGCAACGCCAGUGGGUAGCUGCAGAAAGUGAGAUGGACAAAGAACCAGCCAGCCCUACUACUAUUGGGCGGAUCCCCUGGCGAAGGAAGUCGAAUACUCCAAAGACCACAUCUGUUCCAAAUGGCGGCUCAAAGAAAGGUAACGGGUAAUAGACACUUGAGUAGUAUAUGGCUAAGACGUGAGUCUUAACUAAGUCGCAUACAUGAUUGCUAUGUCUCAAUUGCGUUAAUGGCAAGUUUGUGUUAAAAUUGGAAGCACCCUUCUCCCACACAUUAAAUUGAAACAUUUUGUUGCGAGCUCCACCGACUAUAGCAGGAUUAUUUGGAGUCUUGGGAUGUAGCAGCGCAAAGCCUUGCUGAGAACUAAGAAUAUUUGAUAUCAUCAUUUGGCCAUUCUUUCUCCUUUCUCUCCUCCGGAGGAUCACUAGUUUAGAAAUAGACUGGGAAUAACUCUCCAGGCUCCGUUUUGCACCUGCAUAGAUGCUAUGGUAAAUCGUAUGGACCCAAAUAGGGUUUAAUCUCAUGCUCGCAAGACACAAA